GAGUACAAGCUGCUGUUCGAGGGCGCCGGCAGCAACCCUGGAGACAAAACUCUGGAGGACCGUUUCUUUGAGCACGAGGUUAAGCUGAACAAACUGGCCUUCCUCAACCAGUUCCACUUCAGCGUCUUCUACGCUUACGUCAAGCUGAAGGAGCAGGAGUGCAGGAACAUCGUGUGGAUCGCCGAGUGCAUCGCCCAGCGGCACCGUGCCAAAAUCGACAACUACAUUCCGAUCUUCUAACCCUCCUCUUCCUCACUCCAUUCCAUUCCUCCACUUCCCGCCGUUAUUUCAUCCAGUGUUUGGUGUGGUGGUAAAGAUGCACUUUGAAACAAAACUUCUUCCAUUAUUCACCUGCUGGUGUAAACUGGUUCCAUACAAAGUGGUUUCUAGUUGUAAAAAUCAUUUUGCUCUGAAUGAAUCCAGAGAGUUGAAACCAAACCCCUCGAGCUCCGGUCGUCUCACUAAUCUGGUGUCCCUUUCACUAAUUUGACUUUCAAACAAACUUCCUGAAGCACAGUGUGUAUCGUACAGCAUGUGCUGUCCUCCUCACACAUCAGGUGAUAAAAUUAAAGCAAGUUGAUUCAAACCAGGAAAUAACCUGACAAGAAACAAUCUGACCUUUUGACCUUUAUUCUGUCCAGCUCACAGUGGACAAACUCAAACAUUCCUGUAUUUAUUUACGUCAGUGCUACUUUUUGUCUGCAUGUCUGGUAAUUCAUAUCGUUUCCAUCUAAACUAUCACGUGACGCGUGUGAGUCUGAUUUACUGUGCAGAUUAUUGUUAAACAAUAAAAAUGAACCAACCGAGCAGGAGUUUGGUGCUUCUGUGUGUCGUUCCUGUAAAUGAACAAAGUGGAAUAAGACAAAAUCUUGUUACUAUAUAAAGAACUUAAUGUUUAAAUUCUGCAAAGAUAUAUAAGUAUUUAAAGAAGACUUUGAUUGUUGUGUUCUCGUGCUGUAAAAACUUGAUUUAUGACUGCUUUGUUCUGUUGUGAAGUGUGAUGUACAUGUGACAAAAAGAUUAAACUGCUUCACCGCAGG